AUGGAGUGUUGGAGACGUCAAAGCAGAGAGCAACCAGGAUGUCAACCAGGAUCAGGAAACCCGAUUCUCGCCUUGUGUAUGCAAACACGCUCUCGUGGAAGUUCGAACUUGUUAAGUCCACACGAGCUUCAGCGAGCCGAGCGUGAGAAGCGAGAACGCAGAGCAAGAAACAGAGCUGAACGAGAGUCGACUUCUGAGGUAGAUUUGCAAGAACCCGACUCUGAUUCUGAUACAAUGGCAGCUAACGCCGGAGGAGCUCCUCCACCGGGAGUGAAUCCACCACCAGGGAUUCCGGUUCAUGCUCAACGUCCGGCGCGACUAAUCGGAGCCGCGACACACCAACAUUCCGGAAAACCGCCCCGACAUUACCCCACCACCGGUUCCCAACAAUAA